AUGAGCUCUGAACAACAAGCAUGUGCCUUCGCGCAGUACUUAGAGGAUGAAGUGCAGAAGGAUCGCGCAGUGACAGCGGUAUUUCUUGACGCCACAUCGGCAUACGAUUAUGUAAGGCAUGAUGUGUUAUUGGCAAGAUUGGGAUCUCUCUUCAUGCCCCCCCAUAUGUGGCGGCGAAUCCGGAACUUUAUCAAUAACCGUAUCGUUCAUACAUUAUGGGGUCAGACGCGGUCUCGCUCUAGAGUUAUGCGUCGAGAUGUUCCUCAGGACUGUUCUAUAAGCCCUAUUCUGUGGUUGGCAUACAUAUCCCCUCUCAUCUCAUAUCUCUGGGACGGAAUCGUCGACGAUGUUUGUAAUACAAACUUUGUAUAA